AUGGCAUUCUUUAAUGGUGUUAGAGCUUCCUGGAGUUGGCUCUACAAUUUGGUGAGACCUGAAGACACCAACGUCUCUGCUUCUACUUCUGUGGAAUAUACUGAUAAUCCUUGGCAUGAACUGUUUAAACUAAUACAUCUCAUAGAUCCAUUUGAUUAUCCUAAUUCACCAAUUGUGAGAUGUCAAAAAUUUAGUGACUCUGUACAAAACAAUUUUGAAUAUCUUUGGCACAGUAGACAAUAUAAUGAUGCUGGAUGGCUGGUCUUAGCCCCUUUGGACAAACUAAUGAAUGAAAAAUCACAUCUCCAGAAACAGAUAAGAAAUUUAAAAGUUUCUCAGUAUGUCAUGAGUGAAAAUCUCCUCUCCUUUAGCCGCAAGGCUGAGAUUGCAGAAACCCAGACACAGUCCCUCAUAAUUCAAUUGGCUGAACUACAAUGUAAAUUUAAUGCUCAGCCUCGAAGGGUAUCAGAGGCAAAGGUGAGGGCAUUGGUUGGAAAAGAGUGGGAUCCCAUGAAUUGGGAUGGAGAUGUAUGGGAGGAUUCUGAGGAAAUAGAAGACACUGAAUUUCUGGAUGCUAAUGAAGUUAUUUUGCCUGAGGGAGAGAUUUCCUCACCUGAAAUGGCAGAGGUGUCACCACCUCCACAGGCUGCUGUGUUGGAAUCUCCUAGCAUACUUGGGGAAGCUAAUGCUAUGUUGACUAAAAGGGAUUAUGCUGCUGCUCCUCAGGACCCACCCUUAAUACCCGUUUUUGCCUCCAGGCCAAUAACCAGGCUCAAAUCACAGAAAGCGCCUAAAGGAGAGAUACAUACUGUGACCCAUGAAGAGAUUCACUAUACUCCCAAAGAGCUUCUUGAGUUUUCCAACUCUUAUAGGCAGAGGCCUGAUAAGCAAGCAUGGGUCUGGAUUUUACGAGUGUGGGAUAAUGGUGGCAAAAACAUACAUCUGGAUCAGGCUGAAUUUGUUGAUAUGGGCCCAUUAAGUAGGGAUUCUGAAUUUAAUGUCAUAGCUCGUGGAGUGAAGAAAGGUGUUAAUAGUUUAUUUGGAUGGUGGGCAGAGAUAUGGAUCAAAAGAUGGCCCACUGUGACUGAGUUAGAGAUGCCUGAUAUUCCAUGGUUUACUAUUGAUGAGGGGAUUCAGAGACUCUGGGUAAUGGGAAUGCUGGAGUGGAUCUGUCAAGUUAAACCUAAUCCCCCACAUAGGGAUGAUCCAGAAAACAUACCCUUCACCAGCACUUUGAGAAACAGAUUUGUGAGGGGAGAACCAACAUCCCUGAAUGGCCCUGUUAUUGCUCUUCUUUGCAUGCCAGAUCUUACAGUGCAGACUGCAAUUACUCAAUUAGGACAUUUAAGGGCAAUGGGCUUGAUUGGGUCCCGGAGUGGCAGAGGUCAAGUGACUGCACUUAAUCACCAAAAGCAGGAUCCACGCCAGGUCCCCUUGGAGAAGGACUCUGAUGCACCAAAAAUUUACACUGUUAAUCUUUCUCCCAUCCUUCCCCAGAGGGACCUAAGGCCUUUUGCUCGAGUGACUGUCCACUGGAGGAAGGGGAAUGAUCAGACAUUUCGGGGAUUACUAGACACUGGUUCUGAACUAACACUGAUUCCAGGGGAUCCAAAAUGUCAUUGUGGCCCUCCUGUUAGAGUAGGGGCCUAUGGAGGCCAGGUGAUUGAUGGAGUUCUAGCAAAGGUCUGACUUACAGUGGGUCCAAUAGGUCCUCGGAUUCACCCUGUAGUUAUUUCCCCUGUUCCAGAAUAUAUAAUUGGGAUUGAUGUACUUAGUACCAGGCAGAAUCCUCACAUUGGUUCCCUAACCUGUAAUGUGAGGACUAUCAUCAUUGGGAAGGCCAAAUGGAAGCCACUAGAAUUGCCUUUGCCUGGUAAAAUGGUAAACCAGAAACAGUAAUGCAUUCCUGGAGGGAUCCAAGAGAUUACUGCCACCAUCAAGGACUUAAAGGAUGCAGGGGUGGUGGUGCCCACCACAUCUCCAUUCAAUUCCCCCAUUUGGCCUGUGCAGAAGACAGACAGGUCUUGGAGAAUGACCGUGGAUUACCGUAAACUGAAUCAGGUGGUGACUCCAAUUGCAGCUGCAGUACCAGAUGUGGUUUCCUUGCUUGAGCUGAUUAACACAUCUCCUGGUACUUGGUAUGCAGCUAUCGAUUUGGCAAAUGCCUUUUUCUCCAUACCUAUCCAUAAGGAUCAUCAGAAACAAUUUUCUUUUAGCUGGCAAGGCCAGCAAUAUACCUUCACAGUCUUACCUCAGGGGUAUAUUAACUCGCCAGCCCUAUGUCAUAAUUUGGUUCGAAGGGAUCUUGAUCGCUUUUCUCUGCCACAGGAUAUCACACUGGUCCAUUACAUUGAUGAUGUUAUGCUGAUUGGGCCUAGUGAGCAGGAGGUAGCAACUGCACUGGAUUCAUUAGUAAGGCAUUUGAGAGCCAGAGGAUGGGAAAUAAAUCCAACAAAAAUUCAAGGUUCUUCUACUUCAGUGAAAUUUCUAGGAGUCCAGUGGUGUGGAGCCGUAGAUAUCCCUUCUAAGGUAGAAGAUAAAUUGUUGCAUCUGGCUUCUACAACUAAAAAGGAGGCACAACGCUUAGUGGGCCUAUUUGGAUUUUGGAGGCAACACAUUCCUCAUUUAGGUGUUUUACUCCGCCCCAUUUACCGAGUGACUCAGAAAGCUGCUCAUUUUGAGUGGGGCUCAGAACAGGAAAAGGCUUUGCAACAAGUCAAGGCUGCUGUACAGGCUGCCCUUCCACUGGGGCCAUAUGAUCCCACAGAUCCAAUGGUGCUCGAGGUAUCAGUAACAAACAAAGAUGCUGUUUGGAGUCUCUGGCAGGCCCCCAUUGGUGAAUUACAGCGGAGGCCUUUAGGAUUUUGGAGUAAGGCUCUGCCAUCUUCUGCAGACAACUACUCUCCCUUUGAAAAACAGCUGUUGGCCUGCUACUGGGCCCUAGUGGAAACUGAACGCUUGACUAUGGGACACCAGGUCACCAUGCAACCUGAGUUGCCUAUCAUGGCCUGGAUAUUAUCUGGCCCACCAAGUCAUAAAGUUGGACGUGCCCAGCAACAGUCUAUUAUUAAAUGGAAGUGGUAUCGAGCCAGAGCAGGCCCGGAAGGUACAAGUAAAUUACAUGAGAAAGUUGCCCAAAUACCUAUGGCUCCUAUACCCGCUAUAUUGCCUUCAGUUUCCCAGCAUGCACCUAUAGCCUUGUGGGGUGAACUAUAUGAUCAGUUAUCAGAGGACAAGAAGACUAGGGCCUGGUUUAUGGAUGGCUCUGCACAUUUUGCUGGCACCACCCGCAAGUGGACAGCUGCAGCAUUACAGCCCCUUUCUGGGACAUCCUUAAAAGAUAAUAGUGGUGAAGGGAAAUCAUCACAGUGGGCAGAACUUUGAGCAGUGCACUUGGUAGUACAUUUUGCAUGGAAAAACAAAUGGCCAGAUGUGAGACUGUACACUGAUUCAUGGGCUGUAGCCAAUGGUCUAGCCGGAUGGUCAGGAACUUGGAAGGAACGUAAUUGGAAAAUUGGUGACAAAGAUAUUUGGGGAAGAGGUAUGUGGAUAGAUCUCUCUAUAUGGGCAAAGGAUAUGAAAAUAUUUAUUUCCCAUGUAAAUGCUCACCAAAAGCUAACAUCAGCAGAAGACAACUUUAAUAAUCAAGUGGAUAAGAUGGCUCGUUCUCUGGACAGUAGCCAACCUCCUUCUUCAGCCACUCCAGUCAUUGCCCAAUGGGCCCAUGAACAGAGUGGCCAUGGUGGCAGGGAUGGAGGGCAUGCAUGGGCUCAGCAACAUGGACUGCCACUGACCAAGGCUGAUCUGGCUACAGCCACUGCUGAAUGCCCAGCAUGCCAGCAGCAGAGGCCAACACUGAGUCCCCGAUAUGGCAGCAUUCCCCAAGGUGAUCAACCUGCAACUUGGUGGCAGGUUGAUUAUAUUGGACCACUUCCAUCAUGGAAGGGACUGCACUUUUUCCUUACUGGCAUAGAUACCUAUUCUGGAUAUGGCUUUGCCUUUGCUGCACGUAAUGCUUCUGCCAAGACUACCAUCCGUGGACUCACGGAAGGCCUUAUCCACCAUCAUGGAAUUCCACAUAGCAUUGCCUCUGACCAAGGAACACAUUUCACAGCUAAAGAAGUGAGACAGUGGGCAUAUGCUCAUGGAAUUUCCUGGUCCUACCAUGUCCCUCACCAUCCAGAAACAGCUGGAUUGAUAGAAAGAUGGAAUGGCCUUUUGAAGACACAGUUACAAUGCCAGCUAGGUGGCAAUAGUUUGCAAGGCUGGGGUAAAGUACUUCAACAGGGUGUAUAUCAAUGUCCAUUAUAUGGCACUGUGUCUCCCAUAGCCAGGAUUCAUGGGUCCAGGAAUCAAGGGGUGGAAGAAGGAAUGGUGCCACUCACCAUCACCCCUAGUGAUCCACUAGCAAAAAUUUUGCUUCCUGUUCCCAUGACUUCAUGUUCUGGUUUGGUUCCAGAAUGGAGAAGGCUUUUACCAGGAAGCACGACAAUGGUACCAUUGAACUGGAAGCUAAGACUUCCCCCUGGUCAUUUUGGUCUCCUCUUGCAUCUGAGGAAACAAGCUAAAAAGGGAGUCAUGGUGUUGGCAGGGGUGACUGACCCAGACUACCAAGGGGAAGUUGGACUACUACUCCACAAUGGAGGAAAGGAAGAAUAUACAUGGAGUGCAGGAGAUUCCUUAGGGCGCGGUUUAGUAUUACCAUGCCCGGUCAUUAAGGUUAAUGGAAAAUUACAGCAACCUAAUCCAGAUAAAGUGACAAGUGGUCCAGAACCUUCAGGAAUGAAAGUGUGGGUCACUCCACUGGGGAAAGAACCCAGACCUGCUGAGGUGCUUGAUGAAGGCCAAGGAAAUACAGAAUGGAUAGUGGAAGAAGGAAGUUCUAAAUACCAGCUACAUCCUCGUGAUCAGUUACAGAAAAGGGGAUUAUGA